CACUCCGGCCCUGCGCGCAGGAGGAGGCGAAGGGGCGCAUCUGCCGGCUGCGCCCGCCCGCCAGCCGCGGCGGAGUUGCAUGGAGGCACCGGUCAGCGCUGUGCACUGGGUUAUUUUCCUCCAUCUACCCUCAUCUCUGGAAGCUCCAUCCAUAUUGGAAUAACCAGCAAUUAUUCCAAUCUCUAUGAACAGAGCAUUCUGCCUUGUGGCAGAAAAGAAGAACUACCGUGGGGUGACAGGCUCUGCCUCUUAAACUGGUUGCUCUGUUGCUGUAAGAACAACUGUGAAAGAGACUACAUGUCUGUCAAACUGACAUGCUCAACUGUUCUGUGCGAGGAGCAGAGAAGAGGUACUGUAGCAGAUGGAAGAGGUAUUAGUGUUUUCACUGGCUCUUCAAUGUUAACUACUGGGACAAAAGUCGUGAACGAGAGCGACUCAGAUAGUGAAUUCCCCAACUACGGUGAUCAUGGAAAUGAAACCCAUUUCUUUUUUUCACCUAUUCUGGUGGCUGGAGUAGUGAUCGGAAUUGUGCUGUUUCUGUCCUGUAUUACAAUCAUUGUUGGCGGUCUGCGAAAGGAAAGGCGGUUGAGACGCCAGCGUCCGAGAACAGAUGUUUUUUAUGCUCCAGAUGGCUUCUCUUACGGUGGCUCUUUUGGAGAGCUGAGAGCCGCCUGCAUAGAGGAGUAUCCCCCAAAUCUUGAGCUUGGUGCCAGUGUGGAUACACGUCAACGUGUGGUCAAUGUCAUAUAUUCCGAUUCACCUCCACGCUAUGAAGAAUGCGUGGGGCCAGGAGCAAGACAAAUGUAUAUGCCCACAGAUAAUCCUCCCCCAUAUUCUGUUACAGACCCUUGUCGAAGAAAUGAAACAUCUAUAAACAUUGGCCUGGAAGCAGCAUGUGGGUCUGCAUGCACUGCAAAUUGUCCAGUCCGGCUGCAGAACUUGCAGCGGCCCACUUCUUCCAUCUCUUUGUCGCCUCUCGCUCUGGGGGCUACUUCGCGGUACGAGACAGUGGUGCGUCAACAGAAUACCCCCGUAUCACUUGUUCCCAUCGAAGUGCUGAAAAAUUCUUCUCCUACCUAUCAAGCCAUUUUGAAUCAGGUCAUAUAAUUAAAGUGGCUCUUUCCUCCAACUCUUCUGAAGAACAAACAGAACCCGUUUAAAUGGAAAAAUAAAACCUUUGAAAGUUUUACCGAUUUUAUAUCUUUAAAAAGGUUGCAAUGAGAUAUUAUCUUUUACAGAAAACUUUGAAAGUUUACCUAAAUUUCCCUUUUUGGCUUCAAAGUUCUGUGACAUCUCACAGCAUCAAAGAGAACCAGUGACAAUCUGCAUCUGACCUUUCUGAAGCAUUUCAAAACACAAUGAAAUCAGCCACUCUUAAUAUAGAUACGUGCUACCCAUUCAAGACUACUUGUUGAUUUUAUGAUACUUUGCAUGUUUUCAAGCAGAAGGAAUAGUAUUUUGUUGUCUUUGUAGUACAUUUCAUUCAGUGUCUUGGCAACAAGGCAUUUUAAAAUAAUUGUUUGUCUAAAUAUGUAUUUUGAGUAGACAGAGGCACUGCCUGCAAAGCAUGACUAACAGUACCAUACAGGAGAAAAAGAAGAAUGUUAUUUUGGCAUUUUUUCUUUGGGGAAAAAAAAAAAAAAGUCUGGCCAGUACCAAGCUUUACAGACCAUUGCACAGCCUGCUGUAAGGCUUCCUCAGAAGAAACCAGCACCAAGUGAUGACAAGGUGGCAGCAGAUCCCCAAAACACCAAUUGGCAGAAGUACGGAAGCUGUUACUACAGCUGUGUGCAGGCAUGGAAGCUGCAUGCCCUACACAGGAACCUGCUAGUGCCAAGGGAAGGACAUCGUCUGGAAUCCCAGAAGAUGCUUCAUGUCAAUUCCCAUGCAUGACUGCGUUUUCAGGCACUAACUGGUCUCUUUCUUCAGUAAGGAGCCUGUAGCAUUACAAAGUACCUUGGCAUCUAGUAAUUGCAUUAGUAUGAUGUAAAUAAUAGAUGCUGGACCUUGCAUGCACAGUAACAGACAACCUCAUUUCGUGCAGAAACCUCUUUUAUUAGGCAUGAUCCUUUCCAUUGAAAUUUUGCUACCCGCAAAUCUUUGUGGCCUUUGUUCUUAAACCUAGACUUCUCACACAUUCAUCUGAUAACUGCAUACAAAUUGGAGAUCCACGCUAGCUUGAACAGCAGAGGUAAACUGCAAAUGCGAGAGUUUAAUCUUGCGUGGUACACAAGAAUCAUACCCUCACGUGAGGACUAAAAUCCACCUUCAGCCAGUACUAGUUACUAGAGCUAUCAGACGAUCAUUGCCACUAAUCUCUCGGAGGUAUUUUUACUGAUAAAAAAAUAAUAAUAGUUUUACACUGAUAAAACAGACUUCAGUUUACUACCCCCAUUACAGAAUAUGUAAAAAUUAGUAGAGUAAAUAUGUAAUUGUGUUUAAAAGGAAGCAUCAUCCAAAUUAUUAAAAUUGCACUUACAUUUUUUGUAAAUACCAAAUAAUUUUCAACUAUAAUCAUCGUUCAACAUUCCAAAGAUUGACACAAUUAUAAUUAAUGCUUAGAUGGAAACUAAUUAUAUGGUCCUUACUGCUGUAUAGAUUAUACUACUACUGAGUGAUAUGCACAUUAUGAGAUAAGGUAAGGAUGCAUUUUUUGCUAAGUAGAUGAGAGUGAAUAUGUAUUUUGUUAAAUAAGAGAAUUCUUUUGCAUUUCAGCAAGAUACUCAAUAUUCUCAGGAUACUAUACCCAAAACAACAACAACAAAAAUCACAAUUUAGCAUUGCAAAACUGCUGGCAGGGAUUUCCAGAACAUAGGCUGUAUUUCACAUUUGUAUCUUUAAUAGAACUAUUCCUCUGUGUAAAGUACUAGUGUACACAGUUUUGUGGUAUGCAAAGUAUCCUGCAAUGAGAAUCAAAACUCUACACCAUCUAUUAGGGGUGAGAAACGAAAACCAGCAUAAAAAUGUACCAGUCAGUUUAUUGGCAUGAAUAUAAAAAGUGAAGGCAAGUACAAGGGUUUAUUUAUGCAGGAUAGGACAUACUUUCAUAGCUGUGUCUUCUGCAGUUCUUGGAGACCUGCCUAGAACAGCCUAAGGCACUGAGACCAGACCUGCUUACUUCAGGUUGCUACUGGGGAGGUGGAAGGGGAAACCUAAUAAGUAUUAGAAGGCAAAUGUGAUUCCCCCCUCCAAAAAUGUGUGUUUUACUGUAACAUAGCAAACCUGAAGGUUCUUCUGAAGACUAACACAGAGGGCUUUUCACCUCUGUCAGGCAAGCCUCUGUUCUGUUAUAUACGCUUACAGUUUCUGUGCAUGUUGGGAACUCCUUUCAACCUGUUUGCCUUUUAACUUGAUGGGGAUCUUAUGCUAUUCUGCUAACUUUCUAUCUGUUGUUUACAAAUUAAGCUGCUUUUAAGUAGUCCUCAUGAAAAUAGGGGAUUUGUAUUUUACCUCAUGAUAGAAAUGCAUUAUUAAUAUUAUAGAAAAAUUAAGUCUUUCUUCACUUUAUAAGUUAAGCAUCCUUAGCAUUGUGAUCUACAUUGUAUGUAGCAGCACAGCUUACAAAUAGCCAUCUACUCCCUCUUGUGGUAUACCACAUCGUAAAGUCAAGCCUUCUAGUUUGAUUCACAAUGAGGGACCAGUACAUCAAAAUUUGGAAACCAACCAAAACAUAACACUUCCAUACUGUAACAUUUUUCCAAGUUAGGACCAAAUGUGUAUGGCAUGUCAUUCAUUAUGAAAAAGUCUUGAAAAAACAAACUGUGAUUUUAAAGUAGAAUGUGCUACCUUGAGCGGUAUCUUAUUACAAUCACUUGCAAGAGUAGCUUAGUUUUUUCUGCUCUUGUUAAUCUUUUUAACUAGGUGAUAUCCAACAAAGUUAUAGGGAAGAAGGCUUCUAAAUCCAACCCAUAUACCUUUGCAAAUAGACAAUGCUAGAAAGAGAAGUCCACACCUCUAAAGCUGCUCUAACAGCUUCCAAUGCUACUACUGGAAAAGUGUUAAGAUUUCUUGUAAUGAUGCAAAAAGAACAUUUCUUGGAAAAUAAUUAAGAUCCUGGAUAAAUCUCAGCACAGUUGACAGGAAUGUUUUCUGAUGCCCCUUUUAAGAAACUCUUAUCUUUCCAUCGGAUUAUAUGGCUUUCAGCAAACCGGUCUAGUGGAAGUAGUCCCUGCCCGUGGCAGAGGAUGGGAGCUAGAUGAGCUUUAAGGUCCCUAACCCUAACCAGUCUGCUGUGAUUCUAUUGUAAACUGUCACAUAAUUUUAAUACAAGUGCUAAAACAGGCUUAACAUGGGCCUUUCAUGCAUUACAUCACUAGUAUCAGAAAGAAAACUGUUUGGAUAUGCUGUUUCUCGCUAUGUGGUAACAGUACUGUAUUUCUGUAAACUCUUUUGCUUCGAUUUUUAGUGUACUAAUCUUUACACAAAGCUUUUAGUAAAGAAUGUAUGUGUAUUUGA